CAUGUAUAGUCAUUGUUGAACCUGCCCUUCCUAACUACUUAAAGACCCUUCUUGUUAUUACGUAUCCGUAGCUUGCCGUCUUGAAUCCGGGGUUUUUGCCUCCCUGCCGACCCGAACAAUCUUGGAACUUUGUCUUAUCCAUCCAACCUUCCCAUCCAUUCUACCACUAUCUUCUCCUCACCAUACACUUUUCCUCCACCACAAGUGACUGACACAGACUUUAUAAUAUUUCCCGCUUUCUGACUGUUCCGUUCGGAAAAUCUGCUGGAAUGUCCUCUGGACGACCAACUCCAAUUUUGAAGACCUCUCUUCCUUCGAUCCACGCAGCGACCGCUGCAUCUGGCCCCUCCAAUUCCGCCCCAAACCGUCGGGCGUCCCCUUCUAAACCCCCUCAAAUGUCUCAACAGCAACAGCAGCAACUACCUAGCUCAAUUGCAAACCGAACAGAUGUCGAUCCGCGCCAUCUAGCUAUCGCCUUACAUCAUGCGAAUCAAAUUCAAGCUCAGAAGGACACAGAGCUUCUGAUUCUCGACCGCAUUCUGAGACUUGUUGAACUUCCGUCCUCCCGUUCAGCAGAUCCUGCAUCACCCUCCCCCGACGAUGUGCGGGAGUUCAAGUCCGCCUUAGUCCCCUUUCAACCCGCCGACUACGACAAUCUGAUCGAAGAGAGGAAUAUCGAGGGUCUCUGUGGCUACGGUCUAUGUCCUCGAGAGCGUCGCAAGGAAGAUGGCAGAGGCUCGUUUCGCAUAACGUGGGGUGCGAAAGGAAGCGGGCGGGGUGGCCGCGGGCGCGAGAUGGAUAUCGUUCCCAAAGAGAAGCUCGAGAUGUGGUGCUCAAAUGAGUGCGCCGAAAGAGCCAUGUACAUACGAGUACAGCUGGCUGAAGAACCAGUCUGGGAAAGAAGGGCUGACGAUGCGCGUGGCAAGCACCUCGUCUUGCUGGAGGAGGCCAGGGCGAAAGAAGGCAAGGGCAAGAUGAGAGACCCCGUCUCUAUCCGCGACGUUGCCGGCCAGCUGGACAGUAUGCACUUGGAGAAACUACAAGGUCCUGGCGAUAUGGCAGAUGACAUUGCACGACUAUCCGUCCGCGACGAGGCUCGUUCACGAGAACUGGCCAUGGAACGAGGAGAUGCGCAUCCUGCCCUCUAUACUGGCAGAGUGGAUAUUCAAGUCCAAGAGAACGAUAACCCCCGCGGGCCAGCGAAAGCACCGCAGAUGCGUCCUGGAGACGAGAAGGGAGGCUCCAUCGAAGGAUAUGUCCCUCAUGAAAACUAAGAUCCUUUGGCGCAUGGCAUUAUGAGGCGUUUUGAACCAAGGUUGAUACCCCGAUAAGAUAGCGUGUCAGAUAAGAACCAAAUCAAUGGCUUAUGACUGAAAUUUCUACGAUCGACUCUCCGUAGUCCGGCAUGUCCUCAACAGACAGCCGUCCCCCGUAGAGCCUCCUACGAGACAUCCGGCCGUAAGACCAGACGAGGGAAUAAAAUUGGCAAUCAAGCAUCAUCCCCAUCAGGGGAAUCAGCGACACCUUGUUUGACAGAAUUCGUGUUCAUUUCUCAUCCGGGACUGUCUCUAAGCUAAAUCGAUAGCUGGGUGAGCCAACCAGAACAAGCAUGGGGGGAAACGCCAUGGAUCGACCGAAGACAAUCAGAACUUUUUCAUUUUCCGUUCAACGGCGCAAUGAUCUACCGGUAGCGACGGGGGCGCUCCUGAGCCUGCUGCUGGGAGACGGGGAUGACGUUGA